AUGUCCAAACCGAUGCUCACAUUCGUCACCGGCAAUGCCAACAAGUGCGUACGUGAUACAAGCAGUGUCGAGUCGAGCAAGGUCGGCCGGCCAUGCUCAAGAGUAUGCAAUGCCUUCCUAUCGCCGUCUUGCACGCAGGCUCAAGGAGGUCAGAGCCAUUCUGGCAUCGGCGCCGUCCUUUCCCUUUGAACUCGUCAAUCGAGACCUAGAUAGUGCGUCCAGGUCUGUCUUUUGAUCGUCGCUCUUCAUUGACAAUGGCUUGCUUUCGCUUUCGCCAGCGAUCGAGGUUCAGGGCACUACGCAGGACGUUGCGCGUGCGAAGUGUAGCGAGGCGGCCAAGAUUGUACGCGCGAGCGCCCGUGGUGGGCCAAAGUCGAGGUACCAGACGCUUACUCUACACAUUGUUUUGCGUUACACAGAUUCAAGGACCAGUCAUCACAGAGGACACUGCCCUCGGCUUUUCAGCCCUGAAGGAUCUUCCUGGAGCAUACAUCAAAGACUUUUUGAAGGCUCUUGGUCAUGAUGGCGCGUUUUUUUGAGCGCCUUGCUGCUUGAACCGCUAGCAAUGCUGACUGGUCUCACAUUCUCUUUCCACACCACAGGUCUCAACUCCAUGCUGGCUGGCUUCGAGGACAAAUCUGGCACAGCGUUGUGCACGUUUGCGUACUCGUCGGGCCCAGGCGCAGAGGUGCUCCUCUUUGAAGGUCGUACUGCGGGUAGCAUCGUGCCAGCUCGCGGGCCAUCCAACUUUGGCUGGGAUCCAAUCUUUGAGGUGCAGGGAAGCGGCAAGACGUAUGCCGAGAUGAGCGCGGAGGAAAAGAACAAGGUCUGUCUGCUUCGAAGCGCCGUGCGAGGGCAGGUGUUGUUUGCUGACUUGCUAAUGAUUCAAUCUAGCUAUCGCACAGAUACAAGGCGCUCGCGCUGCUUCAAGAGCACCUGCUCGGGAUCGGGAGGCGCUCGGAGGCAUCAUGA